AUGCAUAACUGGGAACAUAUGAAAGACAAUCUCAACUCAGGGUAUAUAGGUGAGAUUCGAUCCCUAGAAACACUACACACCUACGAACGAAGAGAAAAAUAUGGGAGAAGAACAACAACAUCAAGAAGAGAAAGCGAACAAGGACUUAGGUACUUUCACAUUCAUCCAGUAGUAUCACGUCUAUGUGCAUCAAUCUACGGUACAAGCCCAGAUUCUUUAGUUCUUCAUCCUUUCAAGUUUGAAGAAAUUCUUUGGCUGAUGGAUGUCCUGAUUUUUUACCAAGGCAUUUAUGGGUUUGAAAGAAUUUGAACAACAUUAUGGCUGAUGCAAUGAAACAACCCAAAAGGGUAUCCGUUUAAAGGUCAUUAUUCAAUAACCUUAAACACAUCAGAUUUAAGGCUAUUUUGUCAUUUAGACUAAGCAUGACUUAAGAGAGCUAUUUGAAUGGAUUUUGUUUGCACUGAUUCAUCUGAUGGCACAAUCACAUACGGUGACCACUCUGAUAACAUGGUUGCUGAUGAGCACUUUGUGUUGCAUUGGGCAGACAAUUUCCACUUGAUUCCGGUGCUCCAUUGCUAUGUGUUGGGAUCACAACUUACAACCGAACAAAAAAUAUCACAUCUAACCCCGCAACGCGGGGUCACUCACCUAGUUUAUAUUACACUAAUUCAUUUAUAUAAUUAUUUUAAUUAUUGAAUUAGUAGGUCUCACCCUCUUUUAUCACUCCUCCCUCAUCUUCCUCUCUCUCUUGAACCAUUCCUUCAAUUGCAGUCGGAGCUUCAACACCACCGGCCAUUUGCAGCAAUCCGACAACCGUCUCCGGAAAUCACCACCACUGGUGAAAAAUACUUGAUAUCAAAAUUAAUGUUGAGAUCCCAAGUCAACCUAAAACACACACACUCAUUUGGAAAUUGUUUUGACAAAUCCCAGAAAAACGUUUGAAGUUCUUAAGUUCCGAAUUCAAGAAUAUUGACACAGUGCUUCAAGAAAUCCCUAAAACCGUUUGUACAAAUCCCAUAAAUCGUUUAUGAAAAUUCUGGAAAAUCAAUCCUCUAGAUCUAUAACUCAUUCCCAUCGAUCCUCUAGAUCUAUAAACUCGUGCCUAGAAAAUUGUUUGAAGAAAUUACAGAAAUCGUUUGGGAGAGUAAACCUACAAAAAACCCUAGAACUCUAUGAACAAGAACACAUAGCUCAUCCAUUGCAGAUCUUGAACACAGAGUUUUGAUGUUUGAUUUCGUAUAGCUUAAGUUCUGGGUUUUGAUUUUUGGGACAUACGAUGAUGGAUCGGAGAGAGAGAGAGAGAGGGUUUGGGACGGUUGCGUUCAUCUGCCAUGGAUGUACCAGUGAGGUCUAGAACAUCACCGAAAAUGGUGGUGGUUUCAGGAUGAUGGAUUGGAUCUCGAGAUGUUUUUCGUUUCCAUUAUUCAUCUUUCAUGUUGUAUAUAAGCUUCAUAAUACAUAUCAGCAGAGGUAAGUGGUUUCCAAUGGACUCCGGUGGCAAACCACUGGUUUCCGACGGUGUUGGGAGGUGUUGGUAAACUAAGACGAUGUUACGUUAGUUUCUCUAAGAUGAGAACAUGAUGUGAGAACAAAGAGAGUGGUGGGACCAUUUACCUUUUUAAAUAAACAAAUAAUAAAUAAAUUACAAAAAGAAUAAGUAAGGAUAAAUGAAAAAUAAAAACAUUAAGGGUAUUAUGGUCAUUUUAGAUCUAGCAUGGACUAUAUUUGCAACAAAAACACAUAUCAGGGACGAUGCGUGCAAGUUUGAAGCAAACGAGGGACAGUCCGAGUUAAUUUUUGAAAAUAGGGACUAAACGUGCGUUUGGACAUAUGCACGAGGGAGGAAUGGUGUAAUUUACCCUUUUUAAAGAUAUGUCAAAUACAUGUUGAGGAAAUAGGAAAAAUGGACGCGUGUCAAGCCAUCAGACGAAUCCUUGCAGAAGCGGCACACCCUUACAAAAGCACGUUGCGCUUUAUUCAAUUCGCAGAACAAAUUCAUUUCAAAAUAUAUGAUUUGAACUCUUUUUUUAUUUUUAUUUUAUUUUAUUUUCUAUUUCAUUUCAUUUCAUUUUAGUUUUAUUAUUAUUUUCUUUGGAGUUUCUUUUCCCCUUGAGCCCAUGUAAUCCCGAACCUCUUAGCAC